CAAAAUUGUGGGUCAGAGUACGAGGGAUCCCCACUCGUCCAAUUGCCAUGUGAUCACAAGAUAUGCAAAGGAACAUGUUUCUCGUCAAUGCGUCACGGUUCAAAGGAAAUGAAGUGCCCCAUGUCUAAGUGUGGAAAAGUUAUUCCUUCAAAUUUCAACGAGAAUGAACACGCGGGGAUUAAAAGGGAAAAUAUGAAGAAGUUUACUUCAUACCAAGAAAGCUGUAACACAUUUUACAUGAAAGUUGUAUCCCAGCUGUGUUUUGAAAAUAACUCCCCUCCAGAGAAAGAAGUAAUCAAGAAAUUGUCAAGUCUUAUAACCAGUGAAUGUGUUCCGGAGGAAGAAAGAGUAGCGACAUUGGGAAGAAGCGAAUAUACCAAGAAAAAAACAUUGGCAACGAAAAGAAUGUGUAUCUUUGAUACCACAACUGAUAUCACACCCGUUUUCAGGUCGUUCCUACUGCAACUGUUAAUAAGAACAAAUUCUAGUGAUGUUUAUGAACACCUCGCUGAAUUUUUCAAAAAUGCAUCUCAAUGUGUGCAAAAUGAAGAAGGACAAUUUGCAUGA